CAUCUGUUUUUGUUUAUUUUUAAAAGAGUUUAAUAAGUUUAAUAGUUUUGUUUUGAAAUGUUCCACACCGAUUCGUGCAAGGUGCAAUAACGAUUGAAUAUCCGCGAAAUUCUAUAUAGUCUUCCAUCCACUACAGUGAUGUAUGUGACGGGGAAAAUUACCCAUUCGAGAUGCUUACUGCAUUUCGCUAGAAGUUCGUUCUGUUCGAAAGCCUUUACCGUUGAGCAUGAUCGCGAGAGAUCAGAGUUUAACGUAAAAUUACAUAACAGCAAAGCGUUCCUGAAUUACUCCUGCGAUAAACCGAACAGGACAAUCAUUCUAAACCACACGGAAGUUCCGGCCGUGUUUCAGGGGAAAGGAGUCGGCAAACAGCUGGCAGAGACUGCCUUACAAUAUGCCAAAGAUAAAGAUCUGAAGGUAAAAAUAAUAUGCGAAUUCGCCAAUAAAUACUACAAUGAAAACAAAGAACGUUUUGAAAACAAUAUAUUAUCUUAAUGUUAUCUAAUAUCUAAGCAUCUAAACGUAGAAUUUACUAUAGUAUAGGUAGGUGAAACUAUUUGUGUGUCAAUAACAGAAAUAAAUUCGUAACAAGGUUGUA